AUGUCGACCAACCUCGAUGCGCAGCCGACGAGGCUAUGGAUAGCAAGACGGACCCUGGGAAUCUGGCUUCUUCUUCUCGUGGUUGUCUUAUGGACAACCUCGAAUUUCCUAGGAAGUACUAUCUUCGCCGACAAUACAUAUGCGAAGCCUUUCUUCGUAACAUACCUGAACACCUCACUCUUUACAUUGCCUCUCUUCACCAUUUUGCUCAGUCGCACGUUUGGUCUGUGGCGUGCCAACAAGCUUGGGCGGGUUGACUCGUUCCGGGGCUGGCUGCAACAUAUGGACUCCGCUGAUUCGGCUUCCCCCGACGAGGUGCGAGUCUUGCGCCGUGUAUCGGUUGAUGAUGAGGCCCGGGGUAGCGGUGACUAUGAUGGCGCGCGGUAUCUACCAAAGGGCCAGGGCGAACACGAGAAGCUGGGAUUGAAAGAAACUGCGAAGUUGAGCUUCCAAUUCUGUCUGCUUUGGUUCACAGCAAAUUACUUUGCAAUGGCUUGUCUUCAGUACACGACUGUUGGGAGUACUACUAUCUUGACUUCAACUAGCGGUGUUUGGACACUGAUCUUCGGAGCCUGUCUGCGUGUUGAGAAGUUCACGGCCCGAAAAGCCCUCGGGGUCCUCGCCUCUCUUAUCGGAAUUAUCCUGAUUUCGCGUGUCGAUCUCUCAAAACCAGACACUGAUACAUCCUCACCCACAGCGGACAACGGAUCCGGUACAUUCCCUCACAAGACGCCCGCCGAGAUCGCCCUCGGUGAUGCGAUGGCUGCCUUCAGCUCAGUGAUUUACGGCGUUUACACGAUCGUGAUGAAGAAGCAGGUAGGCGAUGAAUCGCGUGUGAACAUGUCACUUUUCUUCGGUCUUGUCGGCUUCUUCAACUUCAUUAUGAUGUGGCCUGGUUUCUUCAUCCUGCACUGGACCGGCGUUGAGUUGUUUUCGUUCCCGGAGACAAGGCGGGUGUGGACUAUCGUUCUGGUCAAUUCCCUCGCUUCUUUCCUUUCCGAUAUUGCUUGGGCUUAUGCCAUGCUUCUUACCACGCCUCUGGUGGUUACGGUUGGUCUUAGUCUGACGAUUCCCUUGUCAUUGGUUGGGCAGAUCGUUCUUCAAGGACAUUAUGCAAGUGCAUUGUACUGGGUUGGUGCGGCAAUUGUUUUCUUGUCGUUCGUGGUGGUCAAUCAUGAGAGUAAAGUCUUGGAAGAUUCCACUUCUACAGAGGGAUUAAGGUCAUCAUCCUCUGGGGAAUAUGAAAGUAUUCCCAACGAAGAAGUUCGGUGA